CCGUCGCGGAGUGCGCUCUGGUCUGCUUGGUGUGCGCGCGCCGAAGGCAGCCGAGAGACGAGCCCUCUCUCGCGACGAGACCCAGUCACGCCGGCAUUGGCCUCUGUUCUGUGUUCCGCGCGACUUUAGCUGUUCGACAGCCGGUUUUCGUUGCAACCCACUUGGAUUUACACCUUCGACUUCUCAGUUUGUGCAUUCGGGUGCGUGCUCGUGGUGCUUAAGGAGUGCAUUGGUGCUGCUUCAGUCCGUGUCCACGAAAGGGAAUUCCAUCCAAGACUGCCAGGCUGCGCUCUCUGCCUGGAUGACUCGUCCCCUCCAGUGAAAGGAACUACACUGCAAACGGACGCGAUACCGGGUCGGGAGGCGUAGGAUGACCUGGUCGCGGCCGCAGCAGCCCUGGCUGCGCUCGCUGCGCGUCACGGCGGCGGGCCUGCUCCUCAGCCUCGCCCUCCAUGCCCUCCUCGCGUCGGCGGCCGGCGGGGAGCCGCGCAUGAGCCGCCAGUCGCUGCCCGUCGAGUCCCUGGAGGGCUCGGACGCGCUGCUGACGUGCGUCGUCACGGACGUGGCCAACAACACGGUGCUCUGGAAGUACAUCAGCCGCGGCCAGGACGGCAACCCCGAGGCGCUGCGGGCGCGAGUGCUCACCGCCGGCGAGACCAGGAUCACGUCGGACCCGCGCUUCAGCGUGCUGCACGACGCGGGGGGCGGCGUGUGGGUGCUGUCCAUCCUCAACGCCACCACCAAGGAUGCCGGCAUCUACACCUGCGAGCUCAACACCACGCCGCUGCAGCGCUCCUUCCACGAGCUCAUCGUGAGGCCAGCGUCGACGAGUGCCCCGCCGGCCGCCACCAAGGCCCCCACCGCCUCCUCCGCACUCACGACCACGCCGUCGACGCCCCGGAUCCGAGAUGAGCCGAGCCGCGCGCCGCCCGUGCACAACUACACCCAGUGCUGCGUGGACGCCAAGGUCACCUGCCUCGGCUUCUGCAACAUCCAGAGCAUCCUUGAGGGCAACACCGGCCAGGACCCCGAGAACUGCGAGGCCGACUUCCCCGCCAUCGUCAAGUGCAUGGCAGACGGGCGCAACCACGUGCCGUGCUGCAUCGACGCGGGCGUGCCGGACAUCUGCCGAGACGUGUGCCGCGGCGAGUACACCGUCAUCACGGACAACAUCAAGACGCACUUCUCGUGCAGCCGUUACACGGAGCAGACCCUGGCCUGCAUCGCGCAGGGCGUCGAGAUCCUGCCCUCCCGCCCGGAGAGGGUGUUCGUCGAGUCGGUGUCCAUGACCACGCUGCGCGUCAACUGGCGCGCGCCCCUGCACGCCAACGGCGCCCUCACGGGCUACGUCGUCAACCUCACGAGCCUCAAGACGUUCGACGACCGGCCGCUGGAGCGCGGGCCCGGCUCUACCGAGGCGCCCAGCUCGCAGAGCAUCGUCAUGCCCCACGCUGUGCAGAUCAAGGUACCGCCGACCGACCUGUCCGCUGAGGUGAAGGACUUGACGCCCUUCACGAUGUACGAGGUGAGCGUGACCGCCUUCAACAAACACGGCUCCUCGCUGCCCUCCGACGCCAUCCGCUCCCUGACGCUGUCGCCGCGGUCCGCCCCCAAGCCGUCGUCCGUGGCCAAGCCGCCCAAGCUGCCCGACAUCAAGAGCUGCUGCGUCGCCAAGAACAUCUCCCGCGGCGGGUGCGUGGACAAGCUGUGCGACCCCGCGCGCCACUCCGCCGUGCAGGUGCCCGACCUCAUGAUCUGCGCGCCCUGGGCGGCCUCCGCCUUCAGCUGCCUGGCCAACGGCGUGGACCACACCAACUGCUGCAAGGCGCGCGGGCUGCCCGAGCUCUGCCAAGAGCUGUGCUCCGGCAACGUCACCCAGAUCGACUUCACCUACUUCAAGUGCGUGCAGUACAUGGACUCGUACUCCAGCUGCCUGCUGCAGGGCUACGGCGUGCUGCCCAGCUCGCCCACGGGCGUGUACGUCUCCAACGAGGACAUCGACUUCGCCAUCGUGCACUGGGACCAGCCCAAGACGCUGGGAGAGACGGUCAAGAGCUACUUCAUCAACUACCGGCAGCUGGACGCCGACGAGCCCCAGGACUACACCGUGGACGCCGCCACCCACAGCCCCUUCAUCCUGGAGGGCCUGCAGUCGGACGCGCGCUACGAGGUGUUCCUGGAGGCCGUCAACGCUCACGGGCCCGGUGAGCCGUCGUCCAGGGUCGUGUUCAAGACCAAGAGCAAGCUGGAGGAGGCCCAGAUCGAGGACGCGGCUGUGUACAACCUGACGGCGUGCUGCGUCAGUGCCGACCUCAGCCAAGCCUGCCUGCCGCUGUGCAGCUACGACGCGUCCAUGAACGACAUCCAGGCUCUGGGAGCCGUCUGCGGCGGCGAGUUCAACAAGCUUCUACGGUGCGGCGCUGGUGGGCGUAACCACGGCCCCUGCUGCGGGCGGCGCGGCGUGCCCCCGGAGUGCAUGCCACUGUGCUCCGGCGUGGUGGCCGACUCGCUCAUCGCCACCGCCACGCGCUGCAUCCCCUUCAUCGGCAACAUCGUGCAGUGCUUCGAGGAGGGCACGGGGCUGCUGCCCGGCCCCGUGGGCAGCCUGCAGGCGCGUGACGUGACGGAUGACGCCGUGACGCUGUCCUGGGAGCCGCCCGUCGAGUCCAACAACGCCAGCGAGUACAUCGUGCACUACUCCAAGGUGGACAACGCCACGUCGCCGACGCCCUUCUUCCCGUUGACCAAGAAAAACACGACGGACACGAGCAUCGUGCUGUCCGGGCUGGACAAGGACGCGCACUACAACAUCUUCGUGGUGGCCAAGAACAAGCACGGUACCUCCCUGCCCUCCGCCGUCAUCCUGGUCAAGAUCACCAAGGCCGCCGGCGACUCGACCGUCAAGGGCGUCACCUCGCCGCCGCACUCCGUGGUGGUCUCGGGCCACUCCGCCACCUGGGUCGCCGUGUCUUGGCAGCCGCCCGAAGUGAGCCACCCCUCCGAGAAGCUGACGUACCGCCUGCACUUCAAGGCCGCCGACGAGCCCUCGUUCGUGGUCAUCGAGACGACCGUCACGUCGCACGUGUUGGAGCAGCUCACCCCCAACACCAAGUACAUCAUGUUCGUGUCCGCCGUGUCGCAGGCCGGCGAGAGUCUGCCCUCUGAGACGCUCCUGGCCUGGACCGAGCCCGCCCUGCCACCCCACGUUGAGCCGCCCACCGUCCACCCCAUGAACCUGGUGAUCGAAGGCAGCAGCAUGACCGUCCUCUGCAUCGCCAUGGGCACCCCCACCCCCACCAUCUCGCUGUACCUGAGCGGCCGCCUGGUGCGCCAGAAGACGACCAGGCACAUGGUGACGGUCAUCAGCAACGUCACGAGGGACAUGAACGAGAUCUCGUGCUACGCGGACAACGGCUACGGCACACCCAUGCAGGCGUCCAAGCGCAUCGUCAUCAGCCACGGCCCCCACAUCACCGCGGCGGGCAUCACCAUGGCCGUGCUAGGUGACACGGUGGACUUGGAGUGCACCGUGGAGGCGCAGCCCCAGCCCAAGAUGCUGUUCUGGAAGGACGCCUCCGGCUGGAUGCCCGUCAUCCAGGGCGGCCAGUACAACAUUAACGUCAACAAGGCCCGCGACGAGGAGAGCAAGUGGACUAUGAAGCUGACCAUCAACAAGAUCAAGGAGACGGACGAGGGCGAGUACUACUGCCACGCCGAGAACGCCUUCGGCUCCUCCACGCAGCCCGUGUCCGUGCGCAUCCGCAACGUGGCGGCCACCAACAACGUGACGCAGUGCUGCAUGGAGCAGAACGUGUCCUCGUCGUGCAUGGACGCCUGCUCCUUCUACCUGGACAUCGACGCCGUCAUCGACAGGCCCGCCUGCGUCGGCGAGUUCGACAAGCUCAUGAAGUGCGCCGCAGACGGGUCGGACCACCGGUCCUGCUGCGCGCAGUGGGGCGUGCCCCGGCGAUGCCUGGACUGGUGUCGCGGCGAGCCCUUGCUCAACGGCAAGUUCUGCGUGCUGUCCUACACCAAGCAGAUCGUUAGCUGCUUCCAGGAGAACAGAGACAAGCUGCCUGGGCCGCCGCAGAACGUGCAGGUGGAGCCCAUCGACAGCCACUCGGUGCGAGUCAAGUGGGAGCCGCCCGUCAAGAACCCCCACACCGUCGAGGUGUACAGGGUGUUCUUCCGCCAGCAAGCCGCCGGCAGCAAGGCGCUGAAGAACGACACCAAGGCCACGUCCGUGAUCCUGACCGGCCUCAAGGAGAACGCCGACUACGAGUGCGUGGUGAAGGCUGGCAACCACCUGGGCACGUCCACGCUCACGGAGCCCAUCGUGUUCAACACGGCCUCGGACAAGUACAUCACCACGUCCAGCAGCCUCGGCGACGACUCCUCGCACGUGGGUGUGGCCGUCGGCGUGGUGCUGGCCCUGCUCAUCGUGCUCGGUGUGGUGGCUGGCUCCGUCUGGUUCGUCCGGUCGCGACACUUGCUGGGACGCAAGCACCCGGGAGGCGUCGCGUUCGAGAACCCGUCGUACCUGCGGGAGGUCAACAUGGACCACAUUCAGGUUCCUCAAGGCCAGCCCGGCGAGAACCCCCUGGCCUCGGCGAUGAACGGGUCCGCGGGCGCGGGCGGCCUGUCCACGCUGUCUGGCACCGGGAACGGCAUGCCGGGGGCGUCCGGCGGCGUCGGCUGGAAGCAGGAGAGCCUGCACGUGCCCGCCCAGCAGCAGGAGGUGGCGCCCUCACUCUACGAGGAGCUCAAGCUCGGCCAGGACGGCGCGGGCUUCAAGAAGCUGAAGCCCUAGUAUCAGCCCUACGACUUGGAGUCACCCCUGUAGGCCUGCAACGCUGCUGCAGGCCUGUAGGCCCCUCCUAGGACGCUCCAAGCAGUUGGGAAUCUGGAUUCAGGGGAAGCGCGCCCGAGGAAGACCAGGAAAGAGUCACUGCCUCUGCCAGCAGCUGUGGAUCCACGGAAAGCCUGCGCGACGUACCGAAAAUUGCCUGUUACAUCGGCAAAGCGCGACUUUUUGCCUACCUUCCGCCGAAAUCUUCCAUGAUGGCAGUGCCUCGGCGUGUGAGUGUUAGAAAGUGCAGGGCAGAGUAGGCAGUCUCUAAACUGCGCCAAGUCUAUUUGUUGCUACGACAUCAACAUCGUCGUGCCACAGAAAGUGAAGGCUGUAGGCAGAAGAAUUGGCAUCAUUUCAACACACUUGUUAACAAAGGAGGCACAUUCCUUCUUUAUCUGUUUUUUUUUUUUUUUUCUUGCUGUUGAAACGGUGAGCCUUCCCCUACGUAGGCAGGUUGACGAAUUUCAGUGUGAUAUAAUUAUUAAGGUGGCCUUGUCUUGUGGUAGCUGACAUUAGGAGGGUCGCAUUUGUUAGGUCAGAGUAUCAUGUAGUGUUUGGAUUUCUGAGGAAUUCCCUUGGACUUGAUGUUACUCAAGAUUAAUCUAUUGUGAUCAUCAAGCUGUGUUGAGUGCCUGCAAUUUGAACAUAAUUUUCAGUGACUAGGAAAAGAAUGAUUGAAUGAAUGAAUGAAUGAAUGAAUGAAUGAAUGAAUGAAUGAAUGAAUGAAUGAAUGAAUGAAUGAAUGAAUGAAUGAAUGAUUGAGUGAAUGACUGAGUAAAUGAAUAGGAGUCCUAUGAGAGUUUCUGUAAAUAUUGAUUGACUGGACAAUACUUACAAAUAAACAUAACAUUAGAUUAUUUUUAGUGUAACUGUUCUUGUAUGUCAAUAUAUACUUUAUUUUUUAAGUAGACCGUUUGAUCGGUGGAUGAAAAUUAUUUGUUCACCAUAGAUUUUUUUUUAUAGGCACUGAAAGCGGUAGGUUCAUUGCAUUACUUGUAACAUAUUGCUUCAACAUCCAAAUGUAUCCUAGAAUUCCCUCAUACUGAUUUAGUAUCAGGACUUGAGGUUCAUUUCAUUGCCUUGUGAUGUGAAAAUGCUGCGAAACUCUGAUAUGUGAAUGAAUGAAUGAAAAAUUAUAGAUGAUGAAAGUAUUAGAAAAUAAUGUAACUUAGUUUCUGCUGUUUGACAGUAUGCAAGAAUAGUAUCAAUGUCAAUGAAUCUCUUCUUUACCUGGAAGUCACUGUCGCAGGUGAGACAACUGUACCUGUUUUUAGUGACAGUAAAUGGUUAAUUUUGUCAUGACUAUGUGUUAGCAAGGACACCAGCAAAAAAAAUUAGACAAAAAAUCAAAGUCAAAUGCUGGGUGUUCUUUUUGAAAAAUUUUUGACAGACACCACCUGUACCCUUUUAAAAAUUCUACUGUUUCAGUAUUUAACUGAGUGGGCCUAGAUAAUGUGAACCAAAUAAGCAUCAGGGAGUGCAUUGGCAAGGGGAUAGCAAGGGGGAAUACUAGUCUUUUCUAAAGUAUAGUAUGAUGGUGAGAUAAGACAGUUACAGUUGAAGCUUCUACAAACAAAGAAAAGUUGAUUUUAAAAAAAAAAAAAUUUUGAUAGAGGAGUAAUUACUUAUGGUUGGUGUUUCCCCCUUUUUUAUUUGGUAUUAAUCUUUAACGUGACCCAUGGACAUUCACCAACCUUUUUGUCUUGUAACGAAAGCAGACAGUAUCUCACCACUACUUAGAUAAAUAAGGAUGUUUCUGAUGUUAUUGAACCAGUCAUGAAUAGUGUAGUUAAGAAAGACAAUCAUUGUCGUGCUUUGUAAAUACACAUUUUGCAAAAUUGUCUCAUAGUAUGAUACGAAUGAAAAUUUAUGGAAAGUGAUUACUUGGGGUAGGAAUAGUUUGGUACCUGUUUGGUGCCUGCAUAGCCACCAAAAGAAAUUACUAAACCUCAGAAGUGAUUAUUGAAACAGAUAUAUGUAAUUAAAUUUAUGGAUUUUAGAAUGAAAGUGAUAGACCUUUGUCGGGAAAAACCAUCUAUACCUAGUUUGUAAUAGGUAAGACAGAUAAGUGUGAUUUACUUUUAGGAAAUAUCAGAACUAUUCUGCUUUUCUGAGCUGAGCGGAAUAUCAUAAACUCUGUGCACUUGUUUUUGUUCAAAGAGUCCACAAGAUUACAAAGGUAUCAGUUUCCAGGUGGAAAGCUUUUACGGCACAACAUGCUUUUUCCAUUUCCAAGAGAUUUUUGAUAAAAGCACAUCACAAUCUGUAAUGAUUUGUUUGCCAGAGUGAGAACAAUAUGAUAUCAAUGAAUUAGCCUACACUUUUCACUUAUGCCUCAAUGAUUAAUGUUGUGCUGUUCCUGGCAAGUAUUGAUAAGCGAGCAUGUAAAGGAAAUGUGAAGCCGUCCAAUUGAAUUAGAAUUAGUUGGGACCAAUUCACAAAAUGUUGUGAAUUCUAUUGAAAGAGGAUGAUUAAUUUUUGGUAUAUUUUACAUGUGGAAAAUGCUGAUAUUGUUUUAAGCAUUCUUUUCUUGGUUUAUUAUACAAGUGUUACAAGUUUUAUUUCAUACAUAUCAUACAUUAGUUUUAUCCUGUCCCCUCUUGUAAAUAUUGAUUGUUAAUAUGGCGUGCAGUGCACAUGUGAAUGCCCUUCUCAUGUUCCUUAGAAAAUUUUGUUUCCAUUUUACGCUUUAAAACAUGAUCUUCAUCUUUACUUUUCAAGCAGACCUGUUACACAUUUUUUUCUGUUAAAAUUAUCUGCAACAAUCAUGUGCAUUUAGAGUGUAUUUUUGAACAAUUAUGCUAACUGAAAUGUGAAAUUUCUGGAUUAGGCCUUGAUAAAGUAUUUUAGUUGUUAGUAAUUCUUAUGCUAACAUUGCCAAUAAGUUAAAUGUCUAGUCCACUCUGAUAUAAUUGUCUAUUCAUGUCAAUACAUUAUUGCUGGGGCUAUCAUCCAGCAUUCAUCGGUUAUGAAGAAAUGUUGAUGUCAUAGCUUUUGAGCUCAAGAUUCCUCUGUUAGUGUUGUCAAGUUACAACUCUGUGACUCAUUGGCUGCAAGAGGUACAUUCCAUUAUGUAGUCAUGAAGUCUUUGCUCAGAGGUUUAGCAUUUUUUGGUGAUUGUUGGGCACAUUUUAGCUUGAAUCUUACUUUCAAAAGGUAGAAGUGUUAUCAACUCUUGAAAGAGCGCUACUUAACUGGAAGGGAGUUCAAUUAAAUUGAUCUGAGAAUGAAAUAGUUGCUGUUCGAAGUGGCCUUGUUUUGCCCCAAAAAAUGUUCCCUUCUUGUUUUUGUUUUUUUAGAAAUAAAACUACUAAGGCAA